AUGUCCGGCACCGUGACACCAACAGGAUACACUCCUGGUAAUCCAUCCUCGCCCCAAGCAUACGUCGUUUCCCAAUACUCAAGCGAUGAAAUCCGUCUCCCGUUCGAGGGCAACCGACCACCACCCAACACACCCGCCAGCGACUUUAGCAUGUCCCCGCGCCAUUCCGAGUCCGUAUUACAGUUGAAGCGAAGCAGGAAACCGUCGAAUCUCAACCUGGUCCAUUUCGUCGAUCUCAGAGCCGUGACUUAUGAGACGGCUGUGGAUGAGAAUCUCGUCUGCCCGAUCUGUCACUGUCCGCUAGUCGAUCCCGUCGUGACAGAAUGUGACCACAUUUUCUGCCGCUCAUGUAUCGAAGAGUCUGUUAUUCACAGCAAGACUUGUCCUAUUGAUCGGUCGACGCUGGAUCAGGAUGUCAGCUCGUUGAAACGAGCGCCAAAGAUUAUUCUCAACCAGCUCGAUAGCUUGAAAGCGAGAUGUCCAUGCUGUACUCUCUCAUUUGCUCGCUCCAUGCUUGCGAAUCACCUGGAGAAGUAUUGUCCGGAGACCAUUAUGAGAUGUCCUGGCAGGAAUACGGAAAAGGAGUGUCCCGAGAAUGUUAAAAGAAAAUACGCCAGUAGAGGGUGUCUUCACUAUGAAACCGACUGCCCUGACUGUCUGGAAUCUCUACUCGAGGUAGAGAUGGAAGAGCAUCGUGAAGAGCUGUGUAAGGAAAGGUUCAAGCAGUGUGAGCAUUGCGGGCUCGAAAUUCUACGAUGCAGGGUAUCCGAGCACGAUAAGGAAUGUUCUGAUGUCAUAGCACCUUGUCGCUGGGCUGCAUAUGGCUGUCAACACGAGGCGAAACGGAAAGAUCUUCAUCUGCAUACAGAUGAAUGUAGUCUAAAGACGGUCGGACCCAUGACAGACAUGCUUCGGAGGGAAAUUGGCGAACUCAGAUCCGAAGUUCGUACUCUCACAGAAGCCAACCAGAGACAAGAACGCCGCAUCAGAUUCAUGGAAAGCGGCACUUCUCGAGACUUCAGCCAACCUCUCUACGCAACAGACCUAUCCAGUCCAUCAUCACUACCCAAUCUCCCCGAACCAGCCAACACGGAGCCUCUCGACUCCGGUCACCAGUAUCUUCUCUCUCUACUGGAAGCACAAGAGAGUAACCUAAGCCACCUAUCAAGCAGUCUCACCGAAUCAGAAGCAAAGCAGACGACAAUGCUAUUCAACGAGACAAUCCCUAUCAAGAACGAGCUAGCUGAGAUUAGGAGCAUGCAGCAGACUACUAGUAUGCACGUUCGCUGGCUGAUGAGAUUCCGGAUCCAGGAGAAUAGUCGACGAACUGUCGGUGGACCUGGACCGGGACCUGGGUCUAGUGGAGGUGGUUCGUAUGGAGGUGGAGGUUCAGAUGGUGCUGGAUCGAGUGGUGAUUCGCUUCUUCCGAGGAGGUUGAGUGAUACGAUGUCGAGGGAUUUAGUUACGAAGCUCUGA